ACGGACGGGAUGAAACCAAAUGGAAAGCAUCGAGAUCCAAAUAUGCAGCAGCAAGGCAGUGUGCCCCGCUACCUCCGCACCGCCGGCGCGCUCGCCGCCGUCGUCCAGAGCUUCAUCGACGAGUACCCGACCAGGCGCGGAUGCCAGACCCUCCACGCGCAGCUCCUCACGUCGGGCCUCCGCCCCACCGCUGUCGGCGGCGGCGGCGGCGACCUCUCCAUCAAGCUCCUCAUCCUGCACCUCCGGUGCGGCUCCCACCACAACGCGCGCGCGGUGUUCGACGAAAUGCCGUCCCCGACGCACGCGGCGCACAACUACCUCGCCGCGGGGUACUUCCGCCUGGGCCUCCCCGAGGAGGCGCUUGGGGUGGUGAGGCGGCUCGCGAGGCGCACGGGGAGGGUGAACUUGCUCGUGCUGUCGAUGGCGCUCAAGCUGUCCGCGGCGCUGGCGAUGCCCCGCGCGGUGAGGGAGGUCCACGCCCGCGUGGUGAGGUCGGUCGUCAAGCCCGAUGACGUCCUCUUCGCGGCGCUGGUGGACGCCUACGUGAAGAGCGCCUUGCUGGGGUACGCCCGGCGUGUGUUCGACGUAAUGCCAACGCGGAGCGUGGUGUCCUCGACGGCGUUGAUUGUCGGGUGUAUGAACGAGGGGCUGUACGAGGACGCCGAAAAGUUAUUCAAGGGGAUGGACGAGAAGGACGUCGUGGUGUACAACGCCAUGGUCGAGGGCUACAGCAAUAAGGAAGACACAGCGGAGAACUCGAUGGAGGUGUUCAAGGCGAUGCAACGGGCGAGGUUCCGGCCGACCGUGUCGACAUUCGUGAGCGUGCUCGGCGCGUGCUCGCUCAUGUCCUCGCCGGAGCUCGGGGAGCAGGUCCACUGCCAGGUGAUCAAGAACAGCCUCUUCUCCAACAUCAAGGCCGGGAGCGCGCUGCUCGACAUGUACUCCAAGUGCGGCCGCGUCGAGGACGGCCGGAGGAUUUUCGACCGGAUGGCGGAGCGGAACGUCAUCACGUGGACGUCAAUGAUCGAUGGGUACGGCAAGAACGGCCUCUCCGACGAGGCUCUCCGGCUGUUCGACCAGAUACGUCGCCGGAGUCACCGGCGGCAGGACGACGCCCGGCCGAACCACGCCACGUUCCUGAGCGCGCUGUCGGCGUGCGCGCGCGCCGGGCUGGUGUCCGAGGGCCAGGAGCUGUUCCAGAGCAUGGAGCGCGACCACGCGCUGGAGCCGCGGAUGGAGCACUACGCGUGCAUGGUGGACCUGCUCGGCAGGUUCGGCAGCGUCCGCCGCGCGCACGACUUCAUAAGGGGGAUGCCGGCGGCGGCGAGGCCCAGCUCCGACGUGUGGGCGGCGCUGCUCGGGGCGGCCACGCUGCACGGGGACGUGGAGGUGGCCGACCUCGCCGCGAGGGAGGUGUUCGAGCUCAGCCGCGCCGGGAGCAGGCAAAGGCCCGGCGCCUACAUGGCGAUGUCGAACACGCUCGCGGCGGCCGGGGAGUGGGACGGCGUGCGUCACGUCCGGGAGAUGAUGAGACGGCGAGGGGUUCUGAAAGACGCUGCCUGCAGCUGGGUUGGAUCUGACAAGUGAGCCAACCAUCCCUCGUUCCCUUGGACGAUGGAUUCAUGUAAAUUAGCUGCAACAUUUUUUUUUCUUUUGGCUGUUUUAGCUACAAGCUCAUCUCUUUAAUUUUUAA